AUGCCGAACUUCUGCGCCGCCCCGAACUGCACCCGCAAGAGCACCCAGAGCGACCUGGCCUUCUUCCGCUUCCCGCGGGACCCCGCCCGAUGUCAGCGGUGGGUUGAAAACUGCCGAAGGGCCGAUCUGGAAGAUAAGACUCCUGACCAACUGAACAAGCAUUACCGGCUGUGCGCAAAGCACUUUGAAACAUCAAUGAUAUGCAGAAGCAGUCCCUACAGGACGGUUCUACGGGAGAAUGCCGUGCCCACCAUAUUCGACCUGACGAGCCAUCUAAAUAACCCCCACAGCAGGCACAGAAAGAGAAUCAAAGAGCUGAGUGAAGAGGAAAUAAGAUUGUUAAAGCAACAGAAGAUUGACGAAGCUUACGAGCAAGAAAAGACCAAUCCAGAGUCCGCUGACAACGACCUUCAGAAUCCAGCUUCUGAGGAAGGAGGUGACGAUCCCUCGAAAGACGACGUUCCUUUGACACAAGAAGAGAGGGAAAACAAAGAUUACCUAAAAUCUUUGUUCGAAAUCCUGAUCCUGAUGGGGAGACAGAAUAUUCCUUUGGAUGGCCACGGCGCUGACGAGAUACCCGAAGGCAUUUUUACCCCAGACAACUUUCAGGCCCUCUUGGAGUUCAGAAUAAAUUCCGGCGACGAGGUUCUGAGGAAGCGGUUUGAGACCACGGCGGUGAACCUGGCUUAUUGCUCGCAAGCCCAGCAGAAGCAGAUGCUGGAGAUCUGCGAGAGCUGCGUGCGAGAGGAGACACUCCGGGAGGUCCGAGACUCGCACUUCUUCUCCAUCAUCACAGAGGAGGUGGUGGACCUCGCCGGAGAGGACCAUUUGCCUGUGCUGGUGAGGUUCGUCGACGAUUCUCACAACCUGCGGGAAGAGUUCAUCGGCUUUUUGCCGUACGAGGCAGAUCCCGAGGUUCUGGCCGUCAAGUUCCACACCACCAUCAUCGAAAAAUGGGGCUUGAACAUGGAGUAUUGCCGCGGCCAGGCCUACAUCGUCUCCAGCGGGUUCGCUUCGAAGAUGAAGACCGUGGCCAUGAGGAUCUUGGAAAAGUACCCCCAGGCUGUGUAUACUCUGUCCUCUUCCUGUGCCUUGAACAUAUGGCUGGCAAAGUCUGUUCCCGUCUUGGGCGUUUCCAUUGCACUAGGGACGAUAGAAGAAGUCUGCUUGUUCUUCCACCAGUCGCAGGUGCUAGCCGAUUUAGACAAUGUCAUUUCCCUUCUCUUCCAGAAUAGUGAGGAAAGGGGGAAGGAGCUGAAGGACGUCAUCCGUUCCCAUUGGACGGGCCGGCACGAUACCUUUGAGAUUAUAGUCGACCUCAUGCAGGCCCUCAUCCUGUGCUUGGACGGCAUCAACGAGUCAUCCAGCCGGUGGAACACCUUGGUCGCCGGCCGGGCUCACAUCCUGUCCAGCGCCCUAGCUGACUUUGACUUCGUGGUCACCAUCGUGAUCAUCAAGAACAUCCUCUCAUUCACACGGGCCUUCGGCAAGAACCUCCAGGGCCAGACGUCGGAUGUCUUCUUCGCGGCCAGCAGCUUAACAGCCGUGCUGCACUCCCUGAACGAGGUGAUGGAGAACAUCGAGGUCUACCACGAGUUCUGGUUUGAGGAGGCGACCAACUUGGCCACCAAGCUGGACCUGCCGGCUAAGCUCCCCGGGAAAUUCUGCCGAGCGCAGCAAGGGAGCUUGGAGUCCGAGGUCACGCCGGAAAACUAUUACAAAGAGGCCCUCAGCGUUCCGACCGUGGAGCACAUCAUUCAGGAGCUGAAGGACAUAUUUUCCGAGCAGCACCUGAGGGCGCUGAAAUGCCUGUCCCUGGUGCCCUCGGUCAUGGGACAGCUCAAAUUCAACACCUCCGAGGAGCAUCACGCAGACAUGUACAAGAAUGACCUCCCCAAUCCGGACACGUUGUCGGCGGAACUCCACUGCUGGAGGAUCAAGUGGAAGCACCGAGGGAAGGACAUUGAGCUUCCGACGACGAUCUACGAGGCCCUUCACCUGCCCGACAUCAAGUUUUUCCCCAACGUGUACGCCCUGCUCAAAGUCCUGUGCAUCCUUCCAGUGAUGAAGGUGGAGAACGAGAAAUUCGAAGUGGGCCGGCGGCGCCUGAAGGCCUACUUAAAGAACACUUUGACGGAACAGAGGUCAAGUCACUUGGCCUUACUUAACAUAAACUUUGAUAUCAAACAUGACUUGGAUUUGAUGGUAGACACUUACGUCAAACUCUAUCCGGACAAAGCAGAGUUCCAGGAGGAAUAUCUCUCCUCCAACAGUUCGGAUGUAAAAGAAGAGACUUAACA